ACACAAACUCCCUAUCCUAUAAUUUCUCCGCCUCUCCAAAACAAAACACAACAAUUAUUAUCUGUUUCGUUACUUUCCUUUCCUCAUAGUAAGUUGGAAACUGGGAUCCAUGACCAACCGAAUAAAAACAGCUCUUCCCGCUAUUUCGGAUGCCCUCACCAAGACCAAGACCAAAAUCUUGUUGGCUCUCGCUGCCACUCUUCUUGUCGCCCUCGCCGUCGUCGCCGGAGUCAGCUCUCGCAAGAACUCCGGCGACAAUGCCUCCUUCUCCAGUUCGUCGCACGCCAUCAUCAAAAGCGCAUGCAGCAGCACCUUGUACCCGGAGUUGUGCUUCUCAAGCAUAGCCUCUGAACCCGGCUUGGCCGACAAAGUUUCCAGCCACAAGAACGUGAUAGAGCAGUCGCUGAACAUAACCGCUGGAAUCGUUGAGCGGAAUUACUUUACCGUGAAGAAGCUCUUGAACGUAAAGAGCCUGACCAAGAGGCAGAAAACGGCCCUCCACGAUUGCUUGGAAACCAUUGACGAGACCUUGGACGAGCUCCACAAGGCCAUAGAUGAAUUCAAAGACUACCCCUCCAAGAAGCCUCUCUCGCACCACGCCGAGGAUCUCAAAACUCUCAUCAGUUCGGCCAUAACCAACCAUGAGACUUGCCUCGACGGGUUCUCUCACGACCAGGCCGAUAAAAGACUGAGGAAGCAUUUCCAGGCAGGCCAGGUGCACGCCGAGCACUUGUGCAGCAACGCAUUGGCCAUGACAAAGAACCUCACUGACACCGACAUGGCCAUGGCCAUGCACAACGACGACAAAAACGAGCACAGGAAAACCAUGGAGGACCCCCAUGAAAUCGUGUGGCCCCACUGGAUUUCCGCCGCCGACCGCCGCCUUCUGCAGUCGGGUACGGUCAGUCCUAACGUGGUAGUGGCCGCGGACGGCAGCGGGAACUUCAGGACGGUGUCGGCAGCGGUGGCUGCGGCUCCUGAGAGUGGUAGCAAGAGAUACGUGAUCAGGAUCAAAGCAGGUGUGUACAGAGAGAACGUGGAUGUGCCGAAGAAGAAGACUAACAUAAUGUUCCUUGGGGAUGGCAGGACCAACACCAUCAUCACAGCUAGUAGAAACGUGGUAGACGGCAGCACCACCUUCAAUUCUGCCACAGUUGCCGUGGUGGGUGAAAGAUUCUUGGCAAGAGACAUCACCUUUCAAAACACAGCUGGUCCCUCAAAGCACCAAGCGGUUGCCCUCAGAGUUGGUGCUGACCUCUCAGCAUUCUACAGGUGCGACUUUCUUGCAUACCAAGACACCCUUUACGUCCACAGCAACCGCCAAUUCUUUAUCAGUUGCUACGUAGCAGGCACAGUCGACUUCAUCUUCGGUAACUCUGCGGCUGUCAUCCAGAACUCCGACAUCCACGCUAGGCGUCCUAAUCGUGGGCAGAAGAACAUGGUCACCGCUCAGGGCCGCGUUGACCCCAACCAAAACACCGGCAUUGUCAUUCAGAAAAGCAGGAUUGGUGCAACCAAAGACUUGGAAUCUGUCAAGAGCAGCUUCCCCACGUUUCUCGGGAGGCCAUGGAAGGAGUACUCUCGUACUGUCAUCAUGCAGUCAACCAUAAGUGACGUCAUUGACCCUGCUGGGUGGCACGAGUGGACUGGGAACUUUGCUUUGAACACGUUGUUCUACGGGGAGUAUCAGAACACUGGGCCUGGUGCUGCAACCUCAAAGAGGGUCACUUGGAAAGGGUUUAAGGUCAUCACCAGUGCUGCUGAGGCUCAGCGCUUCACUCCUGCCAAUUUCAUUGCAGGUUCAAGCUGGUUGCCCUCUACUGGCUUCCCAUUCUCUCUUGGCCUCUAGUUUUUCAUCUCUGUCCCCUUCACUUUCUGUCCUCUUUUACCUUCUAUUCACUCUUUCUUGUUCCAUUGUCACCUCCUAAAUAUAGUUGUUUCAAUUGAGGACAGGUCAGACAGAUGAAAAUAAUGAGGGAGUGCGUUCUCAAUCAACUCAAGCUUCCCUCUCCUAUGCUUGUAUUAAUUUGUAGUAAUUGUGCGUUGGAUUUUGAAUUAGUA